AUGGUUAGGACCAGAGGAUUAGGUCAUGCCUUAGGUCAGGUUACUGGCAGAGGUGUCGGCAGAGGAGAUCGUGAUGAUUCCGAUGAUGCUUCGCAGCGUCGACGGCCUACUGCAUCCGCACGGAGGCAGCGAGUCGCUGUGACUGCGGAUCACGUCGAUGAGCCAGUCAUCCCUGCGCCAGAUGUUCAAGAUGACCCGAUGGAGGCACCAGCUACUGUAGAGGACAUUCUUGUGGACACAAGCGCAGAGCCUACUGAGGACGUGCAUGAGGGAUUUCCGGGUGGUCCGAGCGACCCAUCCGUGUUGACCCUGUAUGCGGAUCACAUUGCUUGCAGCGUAUGGACGGGAGAGGAGCGUCCUGAAUUGAAGCUAUCCUCUCAUGGGAGGAAGGUCCAUAGUUUAGGCAGGCCUGUCCCUGCCAUUGAGGGACUUGUUGCUGGUACAGGACUAAGUCCUCUGAUCGCGUGUUCGGUAGACACCGGCGAUUGGGGACUUUUGUCCGUGUUUGUGGAGCGGUGGCACCGGGAGACGUCUAGUUUCCAUCUCCCGGUGGGAGAGCUCACCAUCACAUUGGACGACAUCUCCUAUCUUCUCCAUCUUCCCGUUAUUGGCGACUUACACACAUUUGAGCCCUUGCACGUGGACGAUGCGGUUCAGAUGAUGGUGGACUUGUUGAUGGUCUCUCCAAAGUCUGCUAGGGCUGAGACAGCCCAGUGUCGCGGACCGUACGUACACCUGCAAUGGGUACGUGAUAUAUAUGAGCGCCGAUGCCAGGCAGGUCAUUGGACAGCUGCGGCUCGCGCAUAUCUUCUUCACCUUCUGGGUUGCACUCUGUUUGCUAACAAGAGUGCAACCAAUGUCCAUGUUGUCUACUUGGAGGCCCUUCGUGACCUCAGUAUGACGGAGAGGUAUGCUUGGGGAGUGGCUGCUUUGGUGCAUAUGUACGACCAGCUGAACGAUGCAUCUAUGAGCCACAGCCGACAGCUUGGCGGUUACAUCACACUACUGCAGUGCUGGAUUUACGAGCACUUUCCAUCGGUCGCAGACUCCACUGCCGAUCAGGAGUACGACGAGGAUUCUCCGCGUGCGUGUAGGUGGAUUGCGACCGAGAAGACCAUGAAGAGUAUUCGUACGCCGGUGUACAAGGAGCGCCUGGACCGACUCCGGAUUCCGGAUGUCUGUUGGAUCCCUUAUGGGGAGCAUCGAGAGUUUGGCUACACGCAGACCAUUCCUGCUCCUCUUGUCGAUUCAUGGGUCUCGUAUGAUGAUAUACACAACAGGUGGAUGCACUACAAGGAUCAUAUCGUUCCAGCAGGUGAGGUGUGCGUUGUGCUAGGGGCGUAUUCCAGUGACUACAUGGACUGGUUCUUCCGCAUCUCUCAUCCUUUCAUGACACCAGGUCACGCAUUAGAUCCUCUGCCUCAUGGUCACGCCCUGCAGCCCCGAGUCGUCCCUCAGGCCCCGCAGACGGAUAUCCCUCGCGUGCCGGAGCCAGGAGCAUCGUCGACAUCUGCGGAGGAGCCCAGACAUGCAGUGGAAGUUUGUGAUGACAUUGUUGAGAGGUUGGAGCGCCAUCUGAGUCUAGGGGUGGUCACGCCUGGCUCAUCGGCACAUGAGGUGAUCGAAGAAUGCCUCAGGUUGGCCAGGAGUGUGACACAGGACCAUCUUUUCCUUUGGGGGCUUGGGCUUCGAGAGGAUGAGGCAGAAUGUUGUGACGUUUAUGGUUUAGAUGAAGAGCUUCUGGAAAUGGUUCCAAAGCCCGUUCUUGCCGUGCUUUUUCUUUAUCCCAUAACCACCCAAGAGCGGCUGGAAAAGAGCCUUAAAGCCACUUGUGAGGAGUUCAUCAUGUUAUAA